CCACUCACUCUGAAUCCAGAACACAUCACAUGUCAAAGGCAAGAUCAUCUUUUGGCCUCAUGGAUCCUAUCCUCUCUAGGUACCAGCAUUCUUCCUCUCAUGGUUGGUCUUAGUAACUCUAAGGAUAUUUGGUCUGCCCUUCAAAAGAACUUCAGUAGUCAAUCUCUAGCUAGAGUCAUGCAGUAUAAAAUGGAAAUGCAAAACCUCAAGAAAGGGUCUUUAACCAUGAAAGAGUAUAUAAGCAAAAUGAAGAGCUUGUUUGAUGCCUUAGCUGCAGCUGGCCAUGUAGUGUCUGAAAAAGAUCAGAUUAUGCACUUGAUUGGUGGUCUUGGGCAAGAAUACAAUCCAAUCAUGGUGACUGUGUCUUCAAGGGUUGAACCCUGGUCUACUAUAGACCUACAAGCUUUACUCCUCAGUUUUGAAUCAAGGCUAGAAACAGUGGGCCUCAAUAUUCCUUUGGUUAACAGUGAUGGUUCAUAUCCCAUGGCCAAUGCUGCCAUGACUCAGAACUUUCCAAGGAAUGCUUCCCAGAAUAGAGGAGGAAGAGCUCCCUUCAACCAAAGCUUUAGAGGAAGAGGUGGAAGAGGUCCCAACAGAGGCAGAGGAGGAAGGUUUUCAAAACCAAAGAUUCAAUGCCAAGUCUGUGGAGUCAAUGGGCAUACUGCAGAGAGAUGUUGGUACAGAUAUGACACUGGUUAUAUGGGCAGUGCUCUUGAGAAUUCAUCAAGAGGUUUCAAUAGCCCUUCUGCCAACAUGAUGCACACUCAACACUUGACUCCUUCAGAAGCUGCAACUGACUCAAACCAAUGGUAUCCUGACAGUGGGGCUACCAAUCAUGUUACAAAUAAUUUCACCAACUUAAGCAUUGCUAGUGAGUAUGGUGGAGGAAGCAAACUUCAUAUGGGAAAUGGUUCUGGAGAAAACAUCUCUCACAUAGGUAAAACACUUUUAAAACCACAUCACUCUACCAGAAUUUUUGUUUUGAAAGAUUUAUUGCAUGUUCCCAGUGUGACCAAAAAUCUUCUAAGUGUCUCUAAGUUUGCCUUAGACAACAAUGUGUACUUUGAAUUUCACCCCUUUCAUU